GAGGAGGAGGAGGGACAGGAUAAUGAGCUAUUCUUGUACCAGCGCGGGCAGCAGCCAGGACGCACCGAGCUGUAAUAAGAAUACGAAGAAGAAGAAGAAGUGCGGCGGCGGCGGCGUUAAUCCCGCCAGUCGCAGCGGCACCGGCACCGGACACCGCGCGCGCUCCAGUCCCGGCGACGGCGAGUCGAGCUCGAACCCCGAACCAGACGAGGCCAUGAAAGUCAAGAAGGGCUGCAACACCACGGACCUCGGAGUCCCCAUCACCACCGAGGAGGAGCUGCUGGCCAACAGCAUCAUCACCCCGGAGGACGUGCUGGGGUUGCAGAAGAUCACGGAAAAUUACUUGUGCAGUCCGGAGGACAACGUGUACAACAUCGACUUCACACGGUUUAAGAUAAGGGACAUGGAGACAGGGACGGUGCUGUUCGAGAUUACGAAGCCUCCAGUAACAGACAAGGGUGGAGAGAAACGAGACAUCGACCCCAGUGCUGGACGAUUCGUGCGCUACCAGUUCACUCCAGCAUUUCUACGCCUCCGGCAGGUUGGAGCCACCGUCGAGUUCACAGUGGGCGACAUCCCCAUCAACAACUUCCGCAUGAUCGAGAGGCAUUACUUCCGAGAUCAGCUGCUCAAGAGCUUUGACUUCGAGUUCGGCUUCUGCAUCCCGAGCAGCAAGAACACCUGCGAGCACAUCUACGAGUUCCCGCCGCUCUCAGAGGACAUCAUGCGCGAGAUGAUCCUGCACCCCUACGAGACGCAGUCCGACAGCUUCUACUUCGUGGACAACAAGCUGGUCAUGCAUAACAAAGCAGACUACUCUUACAGCGGAGGCCCGUAAGACGACGGCUUCGAGCCAGGAUGGAUCGACCCGGAUGGUCCGAUCGAAUGCCCAGCCCACGUGCAUCUGUGUGCACCAAUCACGCCCUUCCUGAUUUUGUGUCAAUGACAUGUGGUGAUGCCUGUCUGUGUGAAUAGAUGACCAUGACUUUUCACACGUAUAUACAUAUCAUAAAUGUGUUUAAGAUCUUUAUUUGUUUUUCACAACACACCAGCAAAAAUAAUGUUUAUUUGGGAAUUUUAUCUGAUACUAGUUUUUUUUUUUUUGGAACAGGUUGUUAUUAAUUUUGUGGUUAUUUACUGUAUAUGGGCAAGUAUGGCCACUGUGCUGGGCGGUAAAGGGAAUGAUUAGGGCUAUAUGCUUGACUGCUCCACUGUGUGUGUGUGUGUGUGUGUGUGUGUGUGUGUGUGUUGGAAAAAUAGAGAGAGACCUUGAUAUGGUUUUAUGCUGUGAGACUGACUGCUGUUAAAGUUAAAGACUGACUGGAGUUAAAUCGAUAUGCUGUUACCUAUCGAUUAACAAACAUGAGAUUCUAUCAGAGUUUUCUCAGUGUGAGAUUAAAUAUCUGUAAAUUCAUCAAGAAUACAAUCGUAGAACAUUUCUUCUUCACCUUCCUCUUCUUUCUCUUGACAUGUUGUAAUUUAUUGUAUAAGGUGAAGUAUUACGAGGGGCGUUCAAGUCAAACCGGGACCGGUGAUGAAAUUUCCGGUGAAUGAAGACGUAAAAGUGAUUGAAAUGAGGCACUGCAGGAAAACAUAUGAACAAACGUUUUAAACAAGGCCGUACAUCUGUGAAAGACGAUUCCGGGAUCCUGGGAGGCCGGUGUUUUAGACGUGAAUAAGACAGGAAGUAUCAGGGCUCCGACAUCCUGAGAAAACUUUCUACCUGGAUGGUAUCCACGCUCUAGUGAAACUCUGGGAUAAGUGCAUUAGUGCAGCAGGGGAUUAGAUAUAGAGAAAUAAAGUGAGUUUUUACUCUUAUAAUUGUCUUCUGUUAUUUUGUACAAUCAAAAAUCCCAGUUUGACUUGAACGCCCCUAGUAUUUGCGUUUCCAGUGCACGUCUUUUAAUAUGAUCACAUGUUAUGAACACAGAACAAAUUCCCCAAGACAACACUACAUGACUGCGGUAUUGCACUACACCAAGUUAUCACACCAAUGGAAACCUUUUAUCAUAUGAUCUCAUAAAAAUGUCAGUGUGCAAUCUUCUUUCUUAUGUCUGCUUUGUAAGGAACUGUUCUUAAAAAUUUAAUAUAUUCAUAUAAAAAAAAUCCCACAGGACAGGACAGAAAGAAUGACGUAAUUCAUGUUUGGUGUGUGCGACCUUUUAUUCAUAAACAAAUGGCUUUUGGUUUUCUUACGAAAUGUUGACUCUACGAGGUCUACUGUGGUAGAUAUACAGUAUAAGGAGAAAGUGAAAAGGCACAUCUCUUUCUUCGUCAAGCAUUCCUUCAAUCACACAUUCCAGUGAGUUUGGUAUCUUUUGAGCGUUCAUGUAUAGAACAGAAAGUAGAACUAGCGUUUUAUUCAAGGACGUGUCGUAUCUUUUAUAUGAUUCAUUUAUUUUUAAGUGUAAAAAUGUUAAAUUAGGAGAAUUUCAAGAAUCGUGUCUGGUUUUAUUUUAUGCCCUGACAGGCUUAAAAAUUAGUUCUUUAAUAAUGUUUCUAGUUCGAACUUGUAACAGCUUAAUUUCUGAUUGUGAUCUACUGUACAUUUUCAGAAAAAAAAAAGAAAAACAAAUGUUUUGGACAGCUCUGAUGCAAGUCUGGAAUAAAACUAAAUGAAAUAAAUGUAACUGUG